AUGGGAAGGGGGAAAGUAGAGUUAAAGAGAAUUGAAAACCCAACAAACAGGCAAGUCACCUUCUCUAAGAGAAGAGAUGGUUUGCUCAAGAAAGCCAUUGAACUCUCUAUUCUCUGUGAUGCUGAGGUUGCUCUUCUUGUUUUCUCUCCUUCUGGCAAAGCUUAUAACUUCUCCAGCCAUGACAUGGAUAGAACCAUCAGGAGGUACCGAAACGAAAACGGUCAGCAUAAGAUGAAUAGCCAGGGAGUUAGAACCAUCGAGGUGUGGAAGAAUGAAAUGGAUGAGAUGAAGAAAACAAUCGACACACUGGAAGCAAAACACAAGCAUUUGGCUGGAGAAGAUCUUUCAACAUUAGGCAUGAAAGAACUGAAACAACUUGAACGCCAACUGAGGAUUGGAGUAGAUCGUGUACGCUCUAAAAAGUGGCGCCUUUUGUCGGAGCACAUAAGUUUAUUGAAGAGAAAUCAUAAAACUUUGCAAGAAGAGAAUAGCAUUCUUCAGAAAAAAAUUAAGAUCCAUGAGUUAUUGGGCGAGGCCGAUGAAAAUUCAGGACUGGAAUCAUCAGAUCAUGCAACUCAAAGGUUAAUUCCAGAUGGACGUCCUGAAUCACCUCUUUACAUGAACCAACUUGGAUUUCCUGGUAAUAGUUGA